AUGCAUGAUUCCUUGACUCGAUUUCCUUCCUUCACUUCGAGGCGACAGUCCAAGAGCAACAGACCAGCGGAAGAGAUGAACGUUUUUUGUAGUGAUAUCGUUUCCAAAGAGUAUGUGCUUGAAACACUGAAGGAGGUCCGUCACAACCCAGACAUUCUCAAGUUAGAGAUAGAAGACCUUCUGAUUGCCAAGAACCACAACGCCUUUCUCCCUGUUGUCAAAGCCAUUCUGCUCAGAGAUGAGCGCAAGUGGAAGCACCUGCGGUUCAUUGACACAAUCGAAGCCACCGAUAUUCUAUGGUGGCAAGGGAUGAAGCACAUCCUCAUGCGAGAAUACGAGACUACGAUUGAGGACAAAAGCAAGUACGAAGGGCUGGUAUCCUUUCAAGCCAACGUUCAAGUGAUGCCUGGGGCAACCAAACUAUCCAUCCGUUCACUCCUCAAGAGCAUUCAAAACGACAAGGAUCUGCAAACCAUUGGCUUCUCGGGGGGCCUGUUUGGAUACAGUGACGAAGCUCUUCCGAAUGCUUUGAAGAGGCUGUUUGAUGAUACUGAUAAGCUGACAGAAAGCAUCGUGAUCAAUAUCAAGUGCGGGUGGGGGGCAGCUGACGGGGAAGGCAGGCUUGAGGCACUGAAUGCCUGCCUCCGGGCCCUGAGCAGCAACAGCGGUGGCCUGUCCAAACUGGAAGCCAAGCUCGAAAAGGGGCAGCGUCGACGUCGUCGACGACGUGCGACGAGCAACGACGAUAUCUUGUCUCUGACUAGCAAUCAGAGUACUUUGUCAGGGACAAGUGUACACAGCACGAAGUCAGAAGGCGCCAAGCGAAGGCUUCCCAGGCAGACGAGACCAGGAGACCGUCCUAUCCUUCGACGGGGCACUUCACCCAGACGAUGCCUCACUUUGCCUACUCCUGGUGGUAGCGGCAUGUUAUCCCCGAAGCGUGGAAUCCCCGGAAAGUCCAGGAGCUUCAACAUCAAACGUCCCAGCCUGGAAGAAGGGGGCCUAGAUAAGGAAGAGGCGGUAGGAGAUAUUGCUCCACCUCGAAGGCUAACUACUGCCCAAAGGAGCAAAAGCUUCAGGCAUCAGCGUCCCACACCAGAUACUCUCUCUGUGACGAAGGAUCGCUGGAACGAUGGCAAUCAGGUUGAAAGUACUCGUCCUUCUAGAGACCAAGACACCGCGUUGUCGCCUCAAAAACCUGCUCGCUCGAAAUUGACAUCGACCAGAUCUACUUCUUCGGGCAGACCCUCGUUACGGCGCGUCAAGAGCUUGAACAAAGACAGCUUGGACCAGACAGAGCACGGCAACACUGGUGGGAAGCACCCUGAUUACGAUUGGGCAAAGGGCGACUAUGCUGCGAAGAAUGUUCUGCCCAGUGCGGCGUAG